UUUCUGCAAGUGAUGACCACUCCAACCACUGCUUUAAAGAAAGGUUCAUGGAGUCUUGAAGAAGAUGAAAAGCUGAUUUCUUAUAUCAACAGAUAUGGUAUCUGGAACUGGUCCCAGAUGCCCAGAUUUGCUGGUUUGUCAAGAAGUGGGAAGAGUUGCAGACUCCGAUGGAUGAACUAUUUGAAACCUAACGUGAAAAGGGGGAACUUCACUAAGGAGGAAGACGAUAUCAUACUCCAUUCUCAUUCACUUCUCGGCAAUAGGUGGUCUGCGAUUGCUUCAAGACUUCCCGGAAGAACUGAUAAUGACGUAAAGAAUUACUGGCAUACCCAUCUCAAGAAACGAGCGACUGAAUACAAUCUGGUGUCCGAAACGACGGAGCAAAAUGACAUGCAGUCUUCACCAACAUUUGAAGCUGAAAAUAUGGAGAUAUUACAACAGCCUGAUAAUCAUAUGCAUGAAUUUUUCGAAUCCUGCUUUACUUCCGAAGAUGAUAGUUCUUCAUCCUGCUGCACUACUACUUCCAAAGAUCAUGAUGAUGAGUUUAGAGCUAAUUAUUUCCAUACGGGUUCACCAGGAACAGUUGACGAUCUUCAAUGUUUUUGGGAUCAACUUUGCCCGGUGGAGAACUUGGAGCUGGGAAACAAUCUUUACCGGAAUAUGUUUUCUGAUCCCAUUUUUCAAGAUUCAUGCAAUGAUCCAAUCAGCAGUACUUAUAGCUUCUACAAUAAUGACUACAACACCAGUUUCCUGCCCAACCCAUAGACUGGCAUUGCUGCACGUAACGUAGGUGGUGGGUUUACAAUAUCCUUCAAUAAUCAGGUGUAAUUUUCAUGAUGCUGGUUUGUGUAUAAAUAAGACU